AUGUCUGUUGUGUUGAAGAAGUUGCCAACCAAAGAAAGACUUCUUCAGGCAAAGAAGUUGUCUGCCGAAAUCUUCGGUGAGAUAUGGAACCCCCAAAGUGUCAGAAAUGGGGCAAAAAUAUUAAGAGCCCCCUUGAAGGGCCCUGAAGUCGUCAAGUACUACGGAACUAACGACUCGAUGCCAACCUUCAAAGAUUUCAAAGAAUGGUUCCCCGAAUUGAAGUUGGUUGACCCAAGAGAAGAGAUUCGUAUGAACAUGGUUAUAAGCAGAAAGAAGAGAAAUAAGGGUGCCCCAAAGAAGAAGUCCAGUUGA